GAUGUUUGGAUAAGUUAAUGUCCAUCUGUCCGCGCGGGCUAUUUCGGUGGUUCAUUGUGGCUAGUUGUGUCAAGCGGCCCUCCAGCGCCACGCACAGCUCAUUCCUCGCAAGACAUCUACGGCCGCUUUACGCUCAGGCGGCAGCGUCAGACUUUGAAAACGACCCCUAAGAAAGGGCGGGCGGCUUGCAUGACGUCACUGGAUAAACAGGGAAGAUGGCUACGCAGGGGGUUGGAGAGGGGACUGCUCCAUCGAGGGAUGGCAAGAAGCUGACGGAACUGCCGGCCGAGCUCUUGGAGUUCAUUCUCUGUUUUACUGUCCUGGGGCACGUUGAUAUAGCCAACGCUUCGUGCACAUGCCGGCGGCUCCGCGAUGUGUGUCACGGCAGAGGAAAGGUAUGGGAGCACCAGUUCAGACACAGGUGGCCAAGGUUACUACGGUACUACAGCCAGCUGGAAGGCUGUGAUUGGCUGAAAGAAUACCAGAAACGCCACACUGUGGGAUUGCAAAUCAGGCGCACCGUGGAGUCAUUUUCAAAGCGUUUCUUUGCAGAAGUCCCUUGCAUUGGCCAAGUACUGGGUGACAGUUUUACUGAAAUAGAGUCUCUUGGAGCACCUGGACACUUCUGUGAAGAUGAGCUCAUUUCCAUUUUGAACUCUGAUAAAAGGAAGAACCUCACAUUGAAAUACUAUGCACAAAAAAUUCUUUAUUUCCUCAGACAGCAAAACAUCUUAAAGACUCUGAUGGAAUUUCUGGCCAGACCUCCAGAACAGCAGUCGGCAUUAGAGGGUGCAGUGUUGGUAGAUCAGUACUGCAAUCCCCUCGCUGAUAUAUCUUUGCAGAGCAUAUCCUCUCAGCUCAAUGAAAUCACUGACAAAAUUAAAAAGGUGCUACAACUGAAAAACCCUUGCCAUCCUAGCCAGAAAGUUGCUUCAGAUGAAGAUUUUACAGUUGAGGAUCUUGAUCUGCAAAGACAAGUCUUGUCUGCUCUUAACUCCGUCCUCUUCGACCAGUUACAGUACAGAGGAAAUGAACGAGACUAUUACAACCCUCUUAACUCUUAUCUUCACCAGGUACUCUUAAGGCGAAUGGGCAUUCCAAUUAGUCUCUCUGUGCUCUACAUGACGUUGGCCAAAAAACUGGGGGUUCAGCUAGAGCCAGUAAAUUUCCCAAAUCACUUUCUCCUGCGAUGGUGCCAAAAGCCUAACAGCAGUUCAGAGAUUUAUGACUUUGUUUACAUUGAUGCCUUUGGAAGAGGUAAACAGUUGACUGCAAAAGAAUGUGAAUAUCUGAUUGGACAUCAGGUCACACCAGACUACUAUAAUGCAGUCAGUACCUUGGAGGUAUUGCUAAGGAUGGUGGGAAAUCUUCUGAACAUCGGCAAACGCGGAGAAGGUAAUGAGAAGUCCUACCAGCUGCUGAGGGACUCGCUUGAUCUCUACCUCACAAUCAAUCCUGAUGAUGUCCAGUACCUCCUGCUACAAGCUAGACUUUAUUUCCACCUGGGCAUCUGGCCUGAGAAGGUUUUGGAUAUACUGCAGCACAUUCAGGCACUGGAUCCAUCCCAGCAUGGUGCCGUGGGCUACCUGGUCCAACAUACCCUGGAGCACAUUCAGCACAAAAGACACCCACCCGAGCCUGAAGUGAAAAGCCGGACUGACCAGGAGGUUCUUUAUUCUGUCGGACUCAUAAUGAGACAUAAAAGAUCUGGGUACAACUGUGUGAUUUAUGGCUGGGAUCCAAACUGCACGAUGGGUGUGGAGUGGAUUACCACUAUGAGGGUCCACCAAUUACCUAAUGGAGCUGGUCAACCAUUCUACAAUGUACUAGUCCAGGAUGGCACAUGUCGCUAUGCUGCCCAAGAAAACCUGGAGCUUCAUCCUUCACCCCUGGAAAUGGGACAUCCUGAAAUCGGCCGCUACUUUUCAGCAUUUAUGGACACCUAUUAUGUAGCAAACGAAGAGCUGCAAGCUCGGUAUCCCCUGGACAUGGUGCACACUAUCCGGACAAUUCAGGAGUUUUACAAGAAAGACACGCAGCAGCAGCAGCAGCAGGACAGACCUGCAGACGCUCAGUUACACAGAGCGCUCGAUGGCUAACGGUUACAGACCCACCCCGGGCUGGCUGGCUGUCGCCAUCUUAGAAUGACUCGUGCCAAGUCGGAGCCAAGAACCAUCUGCACAUACAAUGAAGCCCCCCGUUUUCCUCUUUGGGAAGAAUCUGGACAGGACUGUCCUCUACCUGCACUUACAAUGCCGUAUCGUAACCUCAAAGAGGAGUUGACUUUUUUUUUUUUCUUUAUAUGAUUCAACAAGGGGGAAAAAAAACAAACUAAAGGGCUUUUGUGUAUUAUUUGCAUGGUAUUAAUUAGAAACGAAACUAACGGUAAGAUACAUGAAGCACUAGAUAACGCCAGUAUGAUUUCAGAUAACACUUGCACUAUGCAUGCCUUCCUAUGGUAAUAAAAUGUGAAAAUAUAAAAAUGCUGCCAAA